UAAGUAUGACGUUUCGAUCAUAAAAGUUGUAAAUUGUAUUUUAAUUUUUGUACUUGUGUUACAUCAACACGUUGAUAUUCUAUGUUUUACUAUGAAAUAUUUUAAAUUCAAUCAAAUAUUUAUUUAAUUAAUAGGGAAAUAACUAUUCACUUUUAAUAAAAUGAAAAUAAACAUGUAUACAUUCCAGAUUGACAAGAAACUUUUGGCGAUGAAAAUUCAUUUUUUUUUGGCAAUCGCCAGUUCUGCUCCAAUAAUUCCAUUUUUGUCGACGAUGUCGAUGCAACGGGGCUAUUCGUCUGUCAUCGUUGGUUUAAUCUUCACAUUACUUCCGUUUCCAGCCUUAUUAAUAAGACCUGCCAUUGGUGCUAUAACCGACAAAUACAAAUGCCGCAAGACCGCAUUAAUUUCACUCAUAGUAAUCAACAGCCUAUUUCUAUGUGUACUGAUGUUUAUACCAGGCACGAAUGUUAAAACAGAAAUAGAUGACGUCGAUGUGAUCAAAUCACCGUUGUUUUGGUUUUUUUUCAGCACAUUAGCCAUAUUGAAUUCGGGUGUCACGGCGAGAUCCGUUAUGGAGAACACAAUAUGCAUAGGUCUAUUAGGUGAAAAUAAGUAUAAAUAUGGUGAACAGAGAGUUUGGGGAGCAGUUGGUUGGGGCACCGCAUCUUUAUUAUCUGGCAUGGUUAUAGACUGGUUCAGUAGAGAUGAAGAUUACAAAAACUAUACUCCUGGUAUAAUAAUUGCAUUGGUGGUUUGCAUUUUAGAUAUAUUUGUUGCAUCAAAAAUUGAGGUUGUUGAGAAUAGUGAUACUAAAAUUGAAGCAGCUGAUAUUAAACAAUUAUUGACUAAAAUAAGAGUACUAUCAUUUCUUUUUUGGGUUGUCGCUCUUGGAUUUUUCAAUGCCUUUAUAUGGUAUUAUUUAUUUUGGUAUCUAGAAGAUCUAUCAAAAACGUACCAUCCCGAAACGAUAUCGUACAUAAAGACGCUCGAAGGGUUGACUCAGACAAUUCAAUGUUUCGGUGGAGAAGUUCCGUUUUUCUUCUUGUCCAGCUAUAUUCUCAAACGAGUGGAUAACAUGAAAGUGUUUUCUUUGAUGUAUUUUGGGUUUGCAAUUAGAUUCUUCCUGUAUUCAUUAAUUAAAAAUCCGGUUUGGGUAUUACCAGUCGAAUUGCUCAAUGGUUUAACGUUCGCGUUGGCUUACUCGGCAGCGACUUCAUACGCAGCGAAGUUAGCUCCUGCUGGUGCUGAAGGAACGCUUCAAGGCAUUGUCGGAACAGCUUUGCAUGGAAUAGGAGUACCCAUCGGAAGUUUUGUUGGUGGUUAUAUUUUUGAUCGUAUCGGAAGUAUUAAAUCGUUUGAAAUUUUAAGUGUUAUUGCAUUAGCAAUAUGCAUUACUCAAUUUAUCGUAAAUCAAUUAAUGAAUCGACAUUACAAAGACAAGAAUUUUAAAGAAAAUACGUCUCGUACCGUUGAUCUUACUGUUGUAGGCGUUGUUAAUGACAAUUUAGCUACUUAGUUUUUAUUAUUUUAGCAAAUAUUUUGUAUUAUAUAAAUAUACAAUAAAUAUAAAUUUUAAUGAAUAUAAAAUUACUAAAAUGAGAAUAA